AUGUCUUUCGGUUGGUCUGUAGGCGAUCUCAUCGCUGCCAUCGAUGUGGUCUGCAAAGUCGCCAAUGCGCUCAGUGAAACCAAUGGGUCUGCUGUUGAAUUCCAAGAAACGAUUCAAUGGUUAAGCUCGGUAGGUAAGGUUCUUAAGCGAUUGCAAGCUGCCCCGAAAGCAGCUCCUGAGACGGACAUAAAAACCAUACUCGCCGCCGUGCUCGCAUUCCAGAAUGAGUUGAUCAAAGAGUAUGGCGACACAUUAGGACCUAUGAGGCACUCUGGUGUGAUGCAGGGCGCCAAGCGGAAGUACGACAUGGUGAGAUAUCGGAUGACUGUGAAGGACAAGGUGAAGGUUCUGCGGAAAAAGGUUCAAGCUUCCCUUGACGUGCUCGACAUGAAUCUGGGUAUUGAUAUCCACGCAACGGUUAAGGAUACGAACGAAGUGACGCGUUCUAUGCAAAAUGUUCUGAAGAGCGACAAAGAAAAGAAAGAAAAGGAAGACCGCGAAAUUGCGCUGGCAAAGGUUUCAAAAUGGCUGAAUCCGGUUGUGGCAACGAGGGAUAGGUUUGACGAGCGCUCGGAAACCAACGUGGUUGGAUCGGGACAAUGGCUUCUGCACACGGAGGCAUACCAAAAGUGGAUAUCGUCACUCAGUGCGAACGGGCAGGAAACGAACGAGCAAAAUGAAUAUGAUGCAGCCAGACGAUUACUAUGGAUCACGGGCAUUCCAGGCUCAGGCAAGACGAGCCUGGCCACGAGUUUGGUACAGGAGUUUGGGAAGGCCACUCGAGGGAAAAUGUUUAAAACGGCCUAUUUCUAUUGCGAGACCCGCGAGCAAAAAACGACAACGCUUCGUGCCAUCCUGCGUACAUGGACGUGGCAGCUGAUGCAACAGUGCACAUGGGAUGCAGAAGGCUUGGCUGAACUCACAAAGGCCCGGAUGUCCGAGCCCGAUCCUGGUUUGUUCACCCUCAAGAAAAUUCUGGUAGAUCUCAUUCGCCGGGAAAAGGACGUGGUCUUGGUUCUCGAUGGACUGGACGAAUGCGCUGAGAACGACCGCAAGAAAUUCAUCACCGGGGUGCUGCCCAUCUUGCUUCAGAACGCGCCCUGUGCCAUCUUCAGCCGUCUGUCCAACAACCUUGUUCAGCUCGUGGAUGGGGCGCUGCCUAAAACGUACCAACAGCUUCACAUCAGCCCUGCAGAUACGGCAGGGGAUAUGCGCAAGUUCUCUGCGCAGGAAAUUGGGACUUUGAAGAAAACGUCUGCAGAGAUGCAGAAGGAACUUAUGCACGCUUUUGAGCGACGCGCCAAUGGUAUGUUUCUGUGGGUAGAGCUUAUGGUUCGCACUCUUCAGGACUGUCUACUGGAGGAUUACGUUUCCGAGAUUGAGGAGGCUCCAGUUCAGCUGAACGAUGUGUACCGCAGCAUACUGGGGGACAUUUGGAGUCGGUCACAGAGCGUGCGCAGACACUCAAAGUUCAUUCUGCGGUUGCUGACAUGUGCGGCGCGACCAUUGUCUUUGAAGGAGAUCUCGACUGCCCUUCAGGUAACGGUCGAUGAGCCUACGUUUCGUUACGGGAAGAGCAACGACGGCAGCAUUUUGAGCGUGCCAGAACUGCUUGGGUUCUGCGGCUCGAUGGUUACCGUAACGAGCAACACAACCGAUCCCAUAGUGUCGUUGGUUCAUGAGUCGGCCAGGGAAUAUCUGGCCGAUCCCGACAAUCGAGGACAGAUCUUCGGCGAUCUCAUUGUGGACGAACAAGAGACCCAUGGACUGAUGGCACGCAUAUGCCUCACGUAUCUGUGCUACAACAACGUGCCUGCGUUUCCCUACGAAGCCGACCUUCUCCCAGGAGAACCUCGCCAAACCGAUCGAGCGCCUCUCCAGAGGACUGCUGAUGCCUAUUUGGAUCGAAUCAUGCUGCAACGUUAUGCGACGACGCAGUGGGCCUGGCACGUGUUGGCGUCGGAAAGUCCUUUGAGCCACGAUACAACGGCAUCGCUGCUGCGACUCUGCCGCUCUGAAGAAAGCACGAUUCGAUGGGCGCAGACGGCUCUGUUUGUGCUGAUCGACCGUGCAAGCAUAACUGGACGUGGCACGCAGGACGACUCCAAGCUGCUGGCGCCGAUUUGCGAGCGCAUUUUUGACGAGCCGGCCAGGCGAGAGUAUGCAGACUGGCUUUCCCAUCUGACGGGGAACCGAGCCGAGCGCACAUUUUCGCGGUGGACACGGCUCAUGAUGCCAGGAGACGGUGAUAUUUUCCCGUCCGAUGUGCAUGUGGCAGCGCAUUUCGACUUUCUGGACUACUUGCGCAACUACCUCGAAGCUGGCGGAGAUCCCAACCGGAAGACCGUCACGGGAAACACGCCUUUGCACGCCUGUGCCCACUGUGAAACGGUGGCCAGUGCAGAGCUUCUUUUGAAGCAUAAAGCCGACCCGAACGUGCAGGGUUUCGCUGGGAUCGAUGCGAUGGCCUGGGGCAUGGGCAUCACUCCGCCCAAUGACAUCCACACGGGGCACUUUUCCGUGGCCGAAGUUCUGCUCAAGGCCGGUGCGGACCCGUUUUCCGGCCCCUUCGAUGAGCAUAGUACCUUUUGCCGCGCGAUGGUCAUGGCUCUGACCGACUUGCCGCCCUACAGCGACGGCCGUCGGCGGUUGGUCGCUGACGACCCUUGGGUACUGGAUCUGUUUACGAAAAUGAUGGAGACGAACACCGUCCAACGACAGGCAAGACUGCAACAGGUCGUAGACAGAAAAUGGAUGCUGUCAGAGGUCAUAAGAAAGGGUGCCUUGCCAUUGGCGCAUUUCUUAAUAUUCCAUGGAGCCAAUAUCAGUCUUAUCGAUCCCGAGGAUAAAGCUGUACUUGACGUAGGCCAAGUGGCUAGAGUCGAUGGUGCAGGAACACUGCCGGGCAGCUUGGAAGGAAAGCUGGUAUCGAAAAUUCGCACUUAUGCAAAUAGUAUGGACGACAGCGACAACAGCCUCGACAACGACAGAAAGUACUGGCCAGAGACAGCCGACGAUGUGUUUCGGGCAUACCUGGUACUGCAAUCAAUGCUCCGAGCGUCUCGGCAGUCUUCAUCGCAGCCACGCGUGGCUAUCCACACAAUUAUCGUCCAUAUUUUGAACACCGCCGGAUAUUGGCUGAAACUGACGGCGUCCCGUGAGGAGCCGCAGUCUUACAACCAAGACCGCAGCCAGAUAGAUCCUGUCUAUCUGACUACUCCGCCCCUUCUGGGACGAAAGCUGCGGCCCCUACGAUCAGUCAUACACAUGGUUUUCGUUUAA